AUGGAAGAUGCUGCUCGUGCGCCCUUCAUGCUCGAUGACUCCGAAGCUCCGCGAGGGAGACGGUUUCCGCGGCCUUCGCUGCGCCAGGUAGCUGCAAGCUGCCUCCUGUUGGUGCUGGGCCUCCUGCUCGGUGCAGCGCUGGCUUCCCGCCCCACGCAGGGCCCCGGCCCCCCGCGCGCGGCAGGUGAGGCCUCGCCGCCAUCGUCUCCUGCUACGACGCCCCCACCCGCCCCACCCGCCCCAGCCACACCACCAAACCCCUCCGCCGCGGCCGCUUCGCCGGUCUCGCCGGGCCUUGCGACCGUCGAGACGAGGGAGUCUGAGGCUCUGGCAGAGCUCCGCAGGAGCUUGGACAGGCUCUCUGCCAAAAUGAAUGUUGAACAGCGGGCAGCGACGAUUUCUGCUUCCGCCGAGACCUAUGUGCAUCUGUGUGUCAAUGAGACGCGCCGGAUUCCGCGACCGGGUGGUGUCAUCUCCAGGCCUUGUGUACCGGAGGAUUGUGACCAGGGCGAUCUGGAAGCGGGCAUGGACUGCCACUGGACUGGAGAUACGGCUCAUUGCCAACGGAUGUGCAGAAGAGGAUUGCGAGCAUCAUAUGCAGAUGCCAGCCAGAACCCGAUCUCCUGCUCCGACGUUUUUACGGGUCGCGCUCGCGAUCACAUGGAGGUUGUUUCGACUUCCUUGGAGUGGACAGCUUCCUCCAGUCACUUUGCCAUAGUGGACCUGUGGGGAGGUGGCGGUGGGGGUACGGGAACCGUGGUCAAGAACCAGCAAAGACGAGGCAUCAACGUUGGAGCCGUUGGAAGAACAGGCAUAAUAGAUCCGACUUCAUGGCAGAGGUACUUCGACCCGAGCGGAUUGUAUUUUCCUGAUGCAGACAGUGCUGGGAACGCACGGUUUGCCCGCUGGGACGACGUCUUUCACCUCAGCUACAAGCAAGACUGUCAAUGCUGGAAGUUCGCCUUGAACGCUGAAUAUUUUACCAGCGCAAUGGAGGCAAGGCUGACAGGAGCCGCUGAUGAAGUUCCACUUGGAGAUGGCACCUGGUCGUUUCUGAUCCAGAACGGUGAGCAGAGUGGCCAGCUAAGCCUGAAAUCGUUCGACACUUCCUACGGCAUUUGCGGCGGCUCAGGUGGGGCUGGUGCCCAUGUUCGUGCCCUGGUGGAGGUGAAGGGCGGCCAUACCUACCGAAUCGAAGCCGGUCGCGGUGGACGUGGCUCCAGCGGUCGCGGCGGUGCCGCAGAUGGCCAGAGCAGCCGCAUGUUGGAGAAGGGACGCUCAGGAGAGUGGCGAGUGCUGGCCGAAGCUGGCGGAGGCUCCGGUGCGGGAUCCUUCGAUGGCAGCCUCAAUUUCUUCCCGGGUGGUCGGGGCGGCACAGCCCCCAAAUUGCCUGCACGCAUGUCUGCCGUUCCCGGACAGGCAGGAACACCCUCGAGAUACAGCCUACUGUCUGACCACCCGAUCUUGUCGCCCGAAAACUUAGGGCUGAAGGAGUGGUACUCAUACUCACAAUAUUCGGGGCCGGAACGUCCCAAGAGGCUGUUUCCCAAAGGCAUGUCUUUGACAUGCAGCCAGCCGCAAGGGGGUCUUGGUACAAGGGACUAUAGCAAUGAUGAGGUGUAUACGUUACCACCACGGUGUCGUGCCACGAAUGCGAGGUGUCCUGCGCGUGACAACUCGCAGCACCGUGAUUACUUUCUUACCUGUAGUUCAGCCGGUUUUUCGAUCAGGGGUGAGGCUUGUGUGGGCGCCCAGUGGCCGCAGUCUCCCCCUGCAGGGCAAGGAGCGACGGGCGUGGGGCUAGCGGCCAAGAUGCGCAGUGGCUGGGGCGGGAAUGGCGGCUGCCCCCAAAUAAAGGCGGGCUCCAAGACAGAGCUGCAAGCAAUGGCUGGCGGAGAUGGACACAACGGCUCAGCAAUACUGAGGCGAUGCAAGAGGGAGGGAGCGUAUACCUUGGCUCUGCAGCGCUGCCCAGGCAGCCAUGGCUGGACCAUCCACGGCCUGUGGCCGCGGGGAGUGCGAAACUGCGAUAGGUCACUUGACUUCGACGUGUCAGCCUUGUCUGCUUUGCAGACACAGCUGUCGACCCAGUGGCCCUCUUGCUCGCGGCAAGUCAAAGAUGCAGCCUUCUGGGAGCACGAGUGGCAAAAGCACGGCACCUGCUUCGGCAACAGCCUCGUCCAUUAUUUCGAGCUCACACUUAGGCUGCUGGGUCAGCAUUCCCAUGCCUGCGAUGGGUUCACCUCAAAGGACUGCUGGCUCUGCCUCACGGAGAACUUCGAGUUGUGUGACCUGGACUCCUAA